GGAUACGUUGUAGAAGAACAUAGUGCUGCCACACUGCAUUCGACUUUGAAGAACAACAGGCGGGCGGCGUAGAAAGCUCGAUAAUCCUACGGUCGCAUCGAAAAUAUGCAGGAAGUGCCAAUCGGAAAACGAAAAACGCCAAAACUGCAGCCUGUCUUCACUUGAUUUGCAUAGCGCGGAAAAACCGAAUUUGCACUUCUUGUUUGGAUAAAAAAAAAAAAAAAACAAAAAUAAAAGCAUAAGUACGCGGGAGUCUGUUCAAUAGCAAUUGCAUUUGAUUGAUUUUUGCGUCGUCGGCGGCGUCGGAAUUUGUAUUAUUGUAUCAUUUGUUUGUCUGUGUGAAUUGCAGUCGAAGCAACAACAAAAGAAAUAGUUGCAAUCAUAAAAAAAAAGAAAAAAAAAAACACUGAUAAACACGAUUUGUGGGAAGAAAUCAACAAAGGCGAACUGCAUUUUGCGCGUUGCAUCUGCACACCAGAAACAAUUUAAUGAAAAAGACUGAACCACCCACACCCACACACCACUGUACUUGUUAACUAGGAAAUCAAAAGCCACCGCUCAAAAGAACCACUCGACCACUUGGCACUAAAAUCAAAAAGAAGUCCUGUCCAGUCCCGGUAGGAGCAGCACCACAGCCCUUUAAAAAUGUCAUCCCGUUCCAAGGAGAGAGUCGUCACUGCAUUCCGCAAGAUCUUCCACAAGUCCAGUAACAACAACAACAAUAACAACAACAACCACAACCACAAUAACAAUAACAAUAAUAAUAACAACAAUGACAAAGUGGACGGUGGAGGAGUAGCCACUGGAAGUAAUCCGAAUCUAAAUAAUAACCAUGAAGGAGCAGCAGCAGGGCCAGCCUCCACUUCCGCGAUGGUUGGUGGUGGUGGAGCCAUGGGUGGUGCACCAGCGCCAUCCGGAUCAUCCAAGAAUGCAGCCGUAGUCCGGAUGGCAGCAGCUGAUCCGCCCGUUUGGGACUCACCAGGCAAGCGGCGACGUCAAGAUCACAAAGUGGCGCCCACGGCGGGACGCCAGUUGGUGGCGGCACCGGAUCAGUCCAUCAGAUCCCGCCGCCUCAUGAAGGAGUACCGCGAAAUGGAGCGACUGCAGACCAAAAAUGAUGCAGUUUUCACAGUGGAACUUGUGAACGACAGUCUAUUUGAGUGGCACGUGCGAUUGCAUGUCAUCGAUCCGGAUUCCCCGCUGGCCAGGGAUAUGCAGGAGCUGGGCGUUCCUGCCAUCCUGUUGCACUUGAGCUUCCCCGAUAACUUUCCGUUUGCACCGCCCUUUAUGCGGGUGGUGGAGCCGCGCAUCGAGAAGGGCUAUGUGAUGGAAGGUGGUGCUAUAUGCAUGGAGCUAUUAACGCCACGCGGAUGGGCCAGCGCCUACACUGUCGAGGCUGUUAUCAUGCAGUUUGCCGCCAGCGUUGUCAAAGGUCAAGGUCGAAUAAUGCGCAAACCAAAAAGUACAAAAGAGUUUAGUCGGCGCACAGCAGAGGAGUCUUUCCGAUCGCUAGUGAAGACGCAUGAGAAGUACGGUUGGGUUACGCCAGCCCUGGCCGAUGGUUAAGAUCGAUUUAGUCCAGAUCCUAGGAGAAGAUCCCAGACCGAUCGUCAGCUCUGCAUUUGCCAACUCUUUCAAUGCAAUUUGAUACUCCACCACGGCCACCCAUUUAGAAUCGCACCGACACAGUAAUGCUAUACAGCCCCCCAUAAAUACAUCUCGUCACUAAUCUUCGACAGCUCAUCCGUUUCACAUAUUUUUUUAGCCAAGUAACGAACGAUUUCAAUUGAAAACCAUCCAGAAUGUAACAGAAGGAAGUCUUGGAUAAAAAAUAUAAUACUGAAAUUAAGGGAAAUAAUGAGUAAAAUACAAAACGAGGCGGAUACAGAAUGAAAAAAUUUAAACAAAACGCGUCAAGCAACAAAUUAGCUUAAAAUGUAACUUUAGAUCGUAGUCAUCAGUAAAAAAAUGAACAUUUUCGCCGAUUUAAUUAAUGUAUAUUUAAAUCUUAAGUAUUAUUAGUUGUGCUAAAAAGAGGAAACGGAGAAAACUAAUCUAUUGCGACGAUAAGUAUAUAUACAAAAUAUUGAAAACUGUUUGAAGAGCUAAUAUUUAGUUAAAUAUGAUUUAUGGAUUCAAUUAGCCAGUUAUCUUGGUUCCAACUGUGUUAUUAUAAUUUGUUGUGAUUUUUAUUAACGAUAAACACAUACCAAAACGAUGGAAAACCAAAAUAAUACAACAGUUUGUAAACACGAGUAUGAUAGAACCUCAUACAUACAUCAACUUUUCUUAUUAUUUAUUCAUAAUUAAUAAAUGUAACAGUGUCUAUCAAUGCA